AUGGUUUCUAGACUUAGACCGAAACUCGUGGUACUAGCUGUAACCCUCGUCAGUGCUAAAAUAAUAGGGUCAAUAGAGAAAAUAGUGGAGAUUGGCCAGGACCAAUUGAUUCGAAUUUGGCCCCGCAGUCACUUUCCCCUUCACCUUCUACGUUCAAGUGCCUCAAGGGAAGUUAGAGAAGGAGGGAAUCACUUUGUCACUGAUUUAGUAGCUAUCAAGAAGAGCCGCGGAUAUGAAGCUGGGGGUUGGGUUCCGAGGUUCGUUGGAAGGACGAUCGGCUCUCGUCUGCCAGUUAGAAUUAACAGGGAACAAUUACUAUAUCGGAAUCAGGGCUUCCAACGAGGCGUAGUACUGUACAAUUGGGCGAUUUUGAGGCCUGUGCAGGUGAGAUUUUGGGUACGUUCGUACGACAGGGAGGAGGAGAGGGUCCCCGUAUCGGCUCCGACCCUGGCUCAACCCUGA